UUUCACUCACAUAACUCCAAAGAACACACUAUAUAUAUAAAUACAAGAUCAUUAUAAUCUUCAUUUGGAUCUUCUUCUUCUUCUUCUUUUCUUCUUCUUCUUCUUCUUCUUCUUCAUCUUCAACAUUACUUCAUCAAAUUCUUCUCAAGGGUCAAAACCGUCAUUUUCUAGAUCCGAGGUUGAGCUCCUUUUACCUGAACCAUGGAGCCUAGCUUCCUUAAUAAAGGAGCAACACUUGUUGUUUCGCUUUCCUUGUUCCUUUUCAUUCAUCAUGUCUCUUCGUCUUCUAUGUAUUCGGAAAUGAAUCCUAUAAAACCUAGACAUUCACGCCUUCUGAGGAGUGCUGUGCAGCGAGAAACACCAACAUCACAGCUUUCCGAAAUAUGGGCACCACUAGAAAAUCAAGGUUGGAAAUCUUGCGAUGAAUCGGGAAAUAGGCCAACAUUACCAGAGAAGUCUGAAGGAUACAUCCAGGUAUUUCUUGAUGGAGGUCUGAACCAGCAAAGGAUGGGGAUAUGUGAUGCAGUGGCUGUUGCGAAGAUACUGAAUGCAACUCUUGUGAUCCCAUACCUUGAAUUAAAUCCUGUGUGGAAGGAUUCAAGCUCAUUCGAGGAUAUAUUUGAUGUGGAUCAUUUCAUUGAUGUAUUGAAGGAUGAUGUUUCUAUAGUUAAAGAGCUUCCUGAAGAGUACUCAUGGAGCAGUAGGGAGUACUAUGCAUUGGCUAUUCGAGAUACCAGAAUCAAGGCUGCACCUGUACAUGCAACAGCCAACUGGUAUCUGGAAAAUGUUUUGCCUGUCCUACAAAGUUAUGGUGUUGCUGCAAUCUCUCCAUUUUCUCACCGCCUGAGUUUUGAUAACGUGCCGAUGGAUAUCCAACACCUGCGCUGUAAAGUCAACUUUCAAGCUUUAGACUUUGUUCCACAUAUCAGAGCACUUGGAGAUUCCCUGAUCAGCCGCCUUCGCAAUCCUCAACGCUCGUCUGAAGAAAUGAACUCCAACUACCUUCAAGAGGUCACAAAUGUAGAUGAUAAUAAAAAUGCAGGGAAAUUUGUUGUUCUGCACCUCCGAUUUGAUAAGGAUAUGGCAGCCCAUUCAGCCUGUGAUUUUGGUGGUGGAAAAGCUGAAAAGUUGGCUCUCGCAAAGUAUAGACAAGUGAUUUGGCAGGGAAGGGUUCUUAAUUCCCAAUUCACUGAUGAAGAGUUGAGAAGUCAGGGACGUUGCCCAAUGACUCCCGAGGAAGUCGGAUUGUUGCUAGCUGCUUUGGGAUUCGACAACAGCACUCGUUUAUAUCUUGCCUCUCAUAAGGUCUAUGGUGGAGCAGCCAGAAUUUCUACUUUGAAGCAAUUGUUUCCUCUGAUGGAAGACAAAAAGAGCCUUACUUUGCCUUUUGAGCGUGCUCUGAUAAAGGGAAAAGCUUCUCUAUUAGCCGCACUUGACUACUACAUUAGUAUACACAGUGACAUCUUCAUUUCUGCUUCCCCAGGAAAUAUGCACAAUGCAUUGGUUGGACACAGGACAUACUUGAACUUGAAGACUAUAAGGCCAAACAUGGCAUUGAUGGGUCAACUGUUCUUGAACAAAACCAUGGAGUGGUCAGAGUUUGAGCAUGCAGUGGUUGAAGGUCAUGAAAGUAGACAAGGUCAACUCAGGCUUAGAAAGCCUAAACAAUCCAUAUACACAUACCCAGUUCCUGAUUGCAUGUGCCAAGGUUAAUAGAUUGCUUACAGAUUAGUAGGGCUCUAUAAUAUAUAGUUCAGUGUCUUAUUAUUUGACAUCUGCAUCUGGUUAAUAAAAUAAUUAUCACUAAUCAUAUUCACGAGGUUUUUUUUUUUUACGUUUAUGAUGUUCUUGGUAAGAGUGCUUGAUAAUAGUAGUAUAGUAGUUGUCUUGUGUGAGAGAUGUAUGUAUGAGAUGAUGGCAUUCUUAGCAGGAGCAGUAUUAUUUAUAAUGCAAUACCAGGAGCCAUAUUGUUGUUUAUCAUUCAUAUAUUAUUAUGCUUUUUUGCUUGAAUCACGUUACAGUGUAGAAUAAACAAUACAAGAAAAAGAGUUUAUUGA